UUGCCCUUGACGCGAGACCCUGGAGUGGUGUGGAGACGCCUUAGCCUGUUUGGGAUGAAGAAGGCGAAGGAAGGUGCUGGGGCUGCCCCAGCUCGGCAGCCUGAAAAGGUGGAGUGGUUCCAGCCCCUGCAGGAGGCCUCCAACACACCUCCAGAUGACAGGCUGUUUAUCAACAUUCUGAGGCUGACUGAUAUAUACCCUGCUGAUGUUGUGUUCACCCUCCUGCGCUGUGCCCCAUCGUGUGACAGAGCUGCUGCAAGCAUGUGGAAAACCAUCGCCUCAUCGGGAACGACAAUGGAGAAGGUGCUGCCAAAGCUGCUCUGCGUGAUGGAGGACUGGCCACUGCACAGCACGUUCACCUUGGACGGGGACAAAACAGAUGUCUUUGCCCUGGCUGCAACCAGGGCGAUUUGGGAGAUUCUCCGCCUGCCCUGGUGCCCAGAGCCACUGAUGAAAUAUUCCCCUCCCCUCCUUAUGCAUCUGCUCUUCCAAGUCUUCAUCAGCACAAAGCAGAUGCCGGAGGAGGUCAACGCCUUCUGGAGGGGAUGCCGGGAGAAACGCGGCCUUCCCGCCAACCCCAACAGGUUUGCAGUGCAGACUGUGAGGGCACUGCUUCGCCGUCUGCGGUGUCUACAUUUGGUGAUGGCAAUGGAGCGCAAGUGUGGCUGGGACACACUCCUCAACUUUGACACCCACCACUACGCAGUGGGUCUGCUGGCCAGGGAGAUGCGCCGUGCCUCGAGCCCCUUGUGUUCCCCGGUUGCCCUCUGCCUGCUGGGGCUGCUCAUCACAGAGAAGCCACGCUGGGAGCUUCCUGCCAUGGCAUUCUUUGUGGAGGUCCUGGACUGCCUGGACAUGACUGACUGUGGUGAAAGCAUCCUGGAGAUCCUUUCAAGGCACCUACAGAGCGAAUGCAAAGAGAGACAUCGCCUGGCGCUCAGAGGCCUCGUGGUACUGAGCAAGGAUCCCACAAUGGCCAAAAGAAUGUGCAGCCUCUCCGAAAGCCUGGUGGAGCUACUGCAGGAUGCAGAUGUAGAGUUGGUUGGGAUGGCCUUGCUGAUGUUCAUGAAUAUGCUGCAGAACAAAGACAUCCUAAUCUCCAGGCCCACUGCCCCGAAGCUGGCUGAGGCGCUCCGGCCACUCUUUGACAGUGACAACAGCCAUGUGCAAGUCCUCUCCAUUCGCCUCUUCCAAAAGGUGAUGGAGUUGGUAGUGGCUGAGGGAAAGAAGCCCCUGGAGAGAUAUGUGAGGCAGAGCCUUCUCCCGCUCUUUUUGCACUGGCAUGAGGAGAAACAGGGACUGGCAAAGGCCUCUCGGGAAGCGCUGCUUAGUGCAGCCAAGUUUCUGAAGAGGAGGGAUCUCAAUCAGCUGCUGAAGAAGGAACAGCCAUUGAAAUUUAGUGAGCGCCUGCUGGAAAAGGACCGGAACCGAGUGGCCGAGUACCUGUACCAGGCCCUGCCCUACCUGGACAGCCCUCAGGAGCCCCUGCAAGAGGCGGCCGUCAAGUUCAUUGGUGAGCCACAAGGGUCGCCGGGGGGGUACCUGAGGGGACAACCCGAAGAGCUGCAGGUCAUCUGCGAGGCCCUUCAAGCCAUGAGAAAAGAUGACUGCCCCUCCUACACAAGCGUGAUGGUUCAAGCCCUCCUUGACCAGAGAGCUGCAGUAUUAAAUUCAUCUUCUGCAUCGAGACAAGCGGUGUCCCUAGAAAAGCACCAGAUACCACGCAACCGGAGACCACCUGGAGACCAGGGGAAACCAUCUGGAGCUCCAGACACUGAUGCCAAGCCCAACUGAGCCUGCCAGGAAGGCCUUGUGGCUCCUGGCCCAUCCUUCCCUCUUGACCCGUCCCUGCCUCCAUACUGCUCCAUCCCUUUAGCCUUCAGACCCAGUCCGUUCCCUUCUCCUGCUCCCAGCUCAUCCCUCCUCUUCCCCUUCCCUUAAUAAACAGUUGGGUUUCUCCCCCCUA